AUGGUAAAAUUCAACACAAUCUGUAGGUCUGGAUAAGAAAGAUCGACAAAUGCUGAUAUUACUAAAGUAUAUAGGAAUCCUAAUCCAAAAGUACAUCCUUUAGCACAUGCUAGAGAAUAUCAACGUGCUUUAGUGGCUACAAAAGUAGAGAAAAUAUACGCUCAACCAUUCUUGGGAGCAUUGAAUGGACACUCAGAUGGAGUAAGUUGCAUUGAAGCAUGCAGAUUUAACUUGUCAAAAUUAGUAAGUGGAAGCUAUGAUGGAGAAAUACGAAUUUGGGAUAUUCCCAGUAGAAGAACAUUAAUUUAAUUAAAUGCACAUUAAUAGAUGGUGAAGGGAGUUUCAUUUAGUAGAGAUGGAAUGCGUGUAGUUUCUUCUGGUGAAGACAAGACCAUCAAUUUAUAUGAUUUUCCUUAAUUAUUGGAAUAAUCAAAUAAUACAUUUUAAGAACCAUUGAUGAGAUAUUUAAGUAAAGGAACUUUGGGGAAUGUUGAUCACAAUUACUAGUUAUCAUAAUUUGCUACUGCAGGAUAGGUAGUUUAGGUUUGGGAUUAUGAAAGACCAAAGCCAAUAAUGAAAUUCUAAUGGGGAGUGGAUUCAGUGAGUUGUGUGAAAUAUUCUCCAGCUGAUAGUAAUUUAAUUUGUGGAACUUCAAUGGAUAGAUGUGUAAUAUUGUAUGAUGUAAGAGCUGAAUCUGCAAUUCAUAAAGUGGCUAUGUUGAAUAAGUCUUAAUGUUUGGCAUGGAAUCCCAUUGAACCAUUAAAUAUUGUGAUUGGAAAUGAUGAUUCAAAUUGUUAUACUUAUGAUAUCAGGAAGAUUGAAUAGCCUACUAUGAUCCAUAAAGAUCACAUUUCGGCUGUCAUGUCAGUUGCAUUUAGUUCAAGUGGGAGGGAAUUCGUUUCUGGAUCAUUUGACAGAACUAUUAGGAUUUUCCCAUUCAAUAAAGGAUAUUCAAGGGAAGUGUAUCACGGAUAGAGAAUGCAAUAAGUGAACUCAGUUUCAUUCUCAGCUGAUGCUUAAUUUGUGUAUAGUGGAUCUAAUGAUAUGAACAUCAGAAUUUGGAAGGUCAAUGCCAGUCAGAAGGUAGGAACUAUUAAUCAAAGAGAAGCCAAUGCAACGAAUUAUAGAUAGGCACUUAAAGAGAAGUUUAAGUAUAAUCCAGAAAUCAAGAGAAUUGCAAAACAUAGACAUCUACCUAAAUAUCUUAUGAAUAAAAAGAAGUAGAGACAAGAAAUGAAGGAAUCUAAGAAUAGAAAACAACGAAAUGCAGAACUCAACAAUCCAGGGUAAUACGAAGCUCCAAAACCAGAGAAAUAAUAAAGGGUCGAACAAUUUAUUUAAUGA